ACACAUUCGCUCGAAAGAUGAAGGCUCUGGUGAUUCUGGUCGCUGUAUCAUGUUGCUCAGCACAGCUGGUGCUUCCGUACGCGGCGCCCUGGGUGCUGCCUCAAGCGAAGCUGAUCACUACCCCUGAGAUCAAGACCGAUCUCAAGACCGUUCCUUUGGUCUCCCCUUACGCCCACCCCUUCGGACAUCCAUUCGUGGCUUCCCCUUAUGCCUUCCCCCACGCUGCCUACCCCUACUCUGCCUACCCCUACUCUGCCUACCCCUACAUCCUCAACGCCGAUGAUACUCUCAAGGCCACCGAAUUCCCAUACAUUUACCAAAAGGACGAACAGGAGCCAGCUGUAGAAGAGGCACGUCGUCGUCGUCGCGACGUCAAGAUCCCCUUCCCGUACCUCCACGCCGUGCCCACCGUCACCAAGCACACUGUGGAGACCAAGCAGUUCGAGCCGAUCGACGCUAACACCCCCGCCGACACUACCAAGAUCGAGCUCACCACCAAGGAGCACGAGUCUCCGGCCCCCGUCAAC